AUGCGUGGACCACGUUCAACGAGUCCUUGUCCUACUAAGCAAUAAGUUGAGAAACUAAAGCUUUUAUAGACAGCAAUUAAGAAAAGGACAACAAAACCAGAUUUUAUGACCAACUACAAAAUUCAUAUCAUAAUAUCAAUUGUGAUUGGGUUUUUAAUUAUUUCUUAUUUAUCUUUUACCAAGUAAACAAAAGAAUACAUUAUCAUUAAUGAAUCUGAAAUUAAGUCACACAAUUCGUAAGGCCAUUCAUACAACUUAGGCCCAAAUGCUUUUUUCUAUAAUAUCACGUUAAUGUAAGCAAAAACCUUAUUUAAAAAUGAUUUCACAUAAUAAAUAAAUGUAGAGAAAUGCAAAUUGUCUUUUAUCGAAGAAAUACCUGUAUAUUACAACUUCAAAGAAUUCUAUCCAUAGUGCAAUCAUCAAGUUUAUAAUUAAGGAAAUUGUUCAUCAUCUUAUUCUAUUGCGGUUUCUUCUUCAUUCUCAGACAGAGUAUGCAAAUAAAAUUAAACCUAAUAAUUAUCUGCUCAAAAUUUAUUGUCUUGUGAUGGCAAAUUAAAUUUGGGAUGCAAAGGAGGACAUUUAACAAGAUCAGCUGAUUAUAUCAUAAAACAUGGAUUGACUACAAACGAAUGUCAUCCUUUUAGAGGGGAUGAUACAUUUAAAGAGUGUACCAAUGCCCUUGAUCAUUGUUAGCGAUUUAAAGCUGAGUCCUAUUGUUAAUUAUAGAAUAAAGAUGAUAUCAAAAGGGAUAUUUUAAUGAAAGGACCAGCGGUUGCGAUUAUGCCAGUUUACAAAGAUUUUUUAAUCUAUAAAGAUGGAAUUUAUUAAGUAUUAGAUGGGUAGCCUCAUUUUCAUGGGGGUCAAGCAGUUAAAAUAAUAGGAUGGGGUGAACACAAUGGAUAAUAGUAUUGGAUCAUUGAGAAUACUUGGGGAGACACUUGGGGAAUUAAUGGUUUGGCUAAAAUCUCCAUUGAUAGUUUUUCUGAAAUGUCCUAAUAAGCAUUGUCAUUAAAUAUUUGA